AUGUCUGACGCGGAUUUCGAGACGAUCAAAAAGCUCCAACAGGAGCGCAAUGCUGCUUCUGCCGCAAAGAAGGGAACGCGUUCCUCUACCCAGCGGACAGACUCGACCAAGCAAAAGCUGACUGACAGUGCCGACAAUGAACUGUAUGAUAACGAUGGCGGCGACAAAUUUGCGGGCUAUCACACGAGCCUUCCCAUGGCCAACGAUGACGAUGAGAUGGACGACGUGGAUAACACGCGACGCCUCGUUGGUCAGUAUACGGCUUCCAGUGAAAUCAUCAACGAAUUCGCACGAGGUGAUGGCGUCGAGGAAGACGAUAUUCUGGCCGGCAAAGGCGAAAAGAGCGGCCGCAUCGUCGACCGUGAAACCGAUUACCAAAAGCGCCGCUUCAAUCGUGUGCUGACCCCUACCCGCGCGGACCCAUUUGCCGAAAACCGACAAGCUGGCGCAGCUGAAAAUGGUUCCAAUUACCGCGAGAUUAUGGAAGAGCGCGAAAUCGAACGCGAAGAAGAGCGAGUGCGACGCGCAAUUCAAUCCAAGCAGGAGUCUGGCGACGUUGACAACGAUGCGCGGCCGGCUUUGACUGAAGGUGACAAGGAGAACGCCGAGUCUGGCUCCACGGAGGCCGUCGUUGCAGGUCGUAAGCGCAAGAAGAGGUGGGAUGUUGGCGAGGACGGCCAAGCCUCGGCUGAGGAGACAGCUAAAUUGAAACGCUCCCGCUGGGAUCAGGCGCCUGCUGUUGGCGGGCCCCUUGAAGGCGACGUUCCCAAGAAGCGUUCUCGUUGGGACCAAGCUCCCUCUGCGACACCCAUGGCCAACGCAGGCCUCGCUACACCUGCUCCUCAAUCCCAGUCUGCCAUGAUGCCUGCGACUUUCGGAAGCGACAUUCGCAACUUGGCCAUCAGUGACGAGGAGCUGGACCUGCUACUUCCCGGUGAAGGUGAAGGAUAUAAGAUUCUUCAGCCACCGCCAGGAUAUGAGCCUACCCGCGUUGCCCCCCACAAAAUGGUUGCGCCGGUUGAGCAGAGUGGUUUCAUGAUGCAAGACCCCGACCAGGUCCGUCUCGGAGGCAAGCCAAUGCCCGCCGAAAUUCCAGGCGUAGGAGAUUUGCAGUUCUUCAAGGCCGAAGAUAUGGCAUAUUUUGGCAAGCUAACGGAUGGCUCCGACGAGAACUCGCUAUCGGUUGAGCAGUUGAAGGAGAGAAAGAUAAUGCGCCUGCUGCUCAAGAUCAAGAACGGUACACCACCUAUGCGAAAGACAGCUCUGCGGCAAAUCACAGACAAUGCGAGAAAUUUUGGUGCUGGUGCUCUUUUCGAUCAGAUCCUCCCCCUCCUUAUGGAAAAGACUCUUGAAGACCAAGAGCGUCAUUUACUCGUCAAAGUUAUCGACCGCAUCCUUUACAAACUUGAUGACCUUGUGCGACCAUACGUACAUAAAAUUCUGGUGGUUAUCGAGCCACUGCUCAUCGAUCAGGACUACUACGCCAGAGUUGAGGGUCGGGAGAUUAUUUCAAACCUAUCCAAGGCUGCUGGCUUAGCCACCAUGAUCAGCACCAUGAGACCAGAUAUUGACCAUGUCGACGAAUAUGUCCGCAACACCACUGCCAGAGCCUUUGCCGUCGUUGCUUCUGCACUUGGUAUUCCCGCUCUCCUCCCAUUUCUCCGCGCCGUUUGCCGAAGCAAGAAGUCCUGGCAAGCCCGUCACACUGGUGUCAAGAUUGUGCAACAAAUUCCCAUCCUGAUGGGAUGUGCCGUUCUACCGCACCUCAAGGGACUUGUUGACUGCAUUGGACCCAACCUGAAUGAUGAGCAGACCAAGGUUCGAACAGUGACUAGUCUGGCAAUUGCUGCUCUUGCCGAGGCAUCGAACCCAUAUGGUAUUGAGAGCUUUGAUGAUAUUUUAAACCCUCUCUGGACCGGUGCGCGCAAGCAGAGAGGUAAGGGUCUGGCUGGUUUUCUCAAGGCUGUCGGAUUCAUCAUUCCUCUCAUGGACGAGGAAUAUGCCAACUAUUAUACGAGUCAAAUCAUGGAGAUUCUGCUCAGAGAAUUCUCCUCGCCCGAUGAGGAGAUGAAGAAGGUUGUUCUUAAAGUUGUGUCUCAGUGCGCUGCUACCGAAGGUGUUACCGCCGGCUAUCUCAAAGAGCAUGUUCUGGACGAGUUUUUCAAAAGCUUCUGGGUAAGGCGUAUGGCCCUCGAUAAGCGCAACUACCGUCAAGUCGUUGAGACAACUGUCGAUAUUGGCCAGAAGGUUGGUGUCAGUGAGAUUCUCGAGAGAAUCGUCAACAACCUGAAAGACGAGAGUGAAGCAUACAGAAAGAUGACGGUGGAGACGGUCGAAAAGAUUGUUGCCAGUCUGGGCGCUGCGGAUGUUGGAGAGCGACUCGAGGAGCGUUUGAUUGACGGUAUUCUACACGCGUUCCAGGAACAGAGUGUGGAAGACAUUGUCAUGCUCAACGGCUUUGGCUCCGUCGUCAAUGCUCUCGGUACUCGAUGCAAGCCUUACCUCCCCCAGAUUGUCAGUACCAUUCUUUGGAGACUGAACAAUAAGUCGGCCACUGUCCGACAGCAGGCUGCUGACCUCAUUUCACGUAUUGCCAUGGUCAUGCAACAAUGCGGCGAGGAUGCCCUUAUGGGUAAGCUCGGCGUUGUGCUUUAUGAAUACCUCGGUGAGGAGUAUCCAGAGGUCCUGGGAUCUAUUCUUGGCGCUCUGCGCUCCAUCGUUACGGUGGUUGGCAUCUCGCAAAUGCAACCUCCUAUCAAGGACUUACUGCCGCGUCUGACCCCUAUUUUGCGGAACAGACACGAAAAGGUCCAGGAGAAUACCAUUGAUCUCGUCGGGCGUAUCGCUGAUCGUGGUCCUGAGAGUGUGAAUGCCCGAGAGUGGAUGCGCAUCUGCUUUGAGCUCUUGGACAUGCUCAAGGCUCAUAAAAAGGGUAUCCGCCGAGCCGCAAACAACACAUUCGGCUUUAUUGCCAAGGCUAUUGGGCCUCAGGACGUCUUGGCGACUCUGCUGAACAACUUGAGAGUCCAGGAACGUCAGUCCCGAGUCAACACGGCUGUCGCCAUCGGCAUUGUUGCGGAGACCUGCGCACCCUUCACCGUACUUCCUGCUCUGAUGAACGAAUACCGUGUACCGGAGCUCAAUGUGCAGAAUGGUGUGCUCAAGUCACUGUCGUUCUUGUUUGAGUACAUUGGAGAAAUGGCCAAGGAUUAUGUCUACGCCGUCACACCACUUCUCGAAGACGCCCUGACAGACCGUGAUCAGGUCCAUCGUCAGACCGCCGCUGCCGUGGUCAAGCACAUUGCCCUCGGCGUCAUGGGAUUGGGAUGCGAAGACGCCAUGGUUCAUCUGCUGAAUCUGUUGUACCCCAACCUAUUCGAAACCAGUCCGCACGUUAUUGACCGAAUCAUCGAAGCCAUUGAAGCCAUUCGCAUGGCAGCUGGCCCAGGUAUUGUGCUCAACUACGUCUGGGCAGGUUUGUUCCACCCAGCGCGCAAGGUGCGCACGCCAUACUGGCGCUUGUAUAACGAUGCCUAUGUCCAGGCAGCUGACGCCAUGGUGCCGUACUAUCCGAACCUGGAGGACGACAAGAUUGAUCGUCCGGAGCUUGCUAUCAUUUUGUAG